UAAACCCAUCCCCCUCCGCCAUCUUUUUCUCUCUCUCUCUCUCUCUCUCUCUCUCUGCUUCGGAGAUCUCGUUUUCCUCCCUCCGAGCUCCAACCGACGCCCACCGCGUGAAGACGCAUUGACCGCUGUUCGCGCGACGACGACGACGACAACGACGCAUGCCCGUCCCCGAUCUUUCUUCCCAUUCGCCAUCGAAUCGGGCAAAUCUGACCGCCGUCCUCGUUCGUUGUAAUCAUCGGAAUGAUGCAUCGCCCCUGUUUGUUGUUGAUUCUUGAGUUGGCAUUUUGCUGGUAAUGAUAGCUGGUAAGAGAGGAAGUAGGGAAUUUUGGAAAGUGUGAUGUCUUGUGGUCGUGAGGAGAAGCCAUGCAGAUGCGGGAAAGCGAGCACGGUGAAUCUGCAGAGGAUGAGUUCGAUUGUCCGCGAUAUUGGGGAUCCUUGCCUCUCUCCAUCUUCGAUGAAGGUUGGCCAAAUGCUCAAGCCUGAAAAGUGGAGGGCGAGUUUUGAUAGUGAUGGAAAGGUUUUGGCUUUUCAUAAAGCACUUAGGCUAAUCAUUCUUGGGGGUGUAGAUCCAUCUAUAAGACCAGAAGUAUGGGAAUUUUUGCUUGGCUGCUAUGCACUGGACAGUACAGCUGAGUUUCGAAGGCAAUUGAGAGAAGCACGGAGGGAUAGAUACAGCAGUCUGAUCAGACAAUGCCAAAUGAUGAAUUCAAGUGUAGGGACUGGUUCACUUGCCUAUGUGGUGGGGUCUAAAGUUUUGGACACAAGGACAUCUUCAAAAGAUGACCGUGGAAGAGAAGACAAAACUGAAAGCAGACAAACUUCCAUAGAUAGUGUGAGUAGAUUAGAUAACUUCCAACAUCUGGAAAAUGAUUGUACAGAUAUGUCACAGUCACAAGCAUGUCAGAGGGAAAGUUUCACUGAUUCGGCUGAUCUUGUCAGUGUGAGGGACAACGAUGUUGGUGCAGCCUAUGACACUUCUACUUUACUGGCCAGUUCCCCUCCAUAUACUUCUGGUUCUCAAGAAGUUGGGAGAGAAGCAAAUGGAUCCCAAUCUGGAAUCCAAACUUAUUUUGAUUUUCCUCCAUUGUCUGUAACUAAUUUGUUUGAGGAAAAAGAAGAAGAUAGGGAAGAAAAAAAUGAUGCUGACAGCAAAUUUGCUACACACGAUAUGUUUCAAAUGGGAGAUAAUAGAAUGCAUAGUUUCCAAAUUACUAACAACACUGAUUUAGUUAUGGAGCAAAAUGGUUUUCCUUCUAAUGAUGUCCCCCCCAUUAAAUCUGAAAUAGAAAUGAUCCCACCUAAUGCCUGUGGGACAGUGUCACAGUCCCAAAAGCUAGCUAGUAAACCUCAAAUUGUAAGCAGUUUGAAGAUAUCUAGUAUUCCAGAAUCUCCUCUCAGAGGUACAUCUUCAUCUCGAGAAGUUAAUGUCAGUGAAGAGAGAGUAUCAGAAUGGAGAUGGACUCUGCACCGCAUAGUUGUAGAUGUGGUGAGAACAGAUAGUCAUCUUGAAUUCUAUGAGGAUACAAGAAAUUUGGCUAGAAUGUCUGAUAUCCUUGCAGUCUAUGCGUGGGCUGAUCCUGCAACUGGGUAUUGCCAAGGUAUGAGUGACCUUCUGUCACCUUUCGUGGUUCUUUUUGAGGAUAAUGCCGACGCAUUUUGGUGCUUUGAGAUGCUUCUAAGGAGAAUGCGUGAAAAUUUUCAAAUGGAAGGGCCGACAGGAGUGAUGAAGCAAUUGCAAGUUUUGUGGUGCAUUUUGGAACUCACAGACAGGGAGAUGUUCGCGCACCUGUCACAUAUUGGUGCUGAAAGUCUUCACUUUGCAUUCAGAAUGCUGCUGGUGCUCUUCCGCCGCGAAUUAUCUUUUAAUGAUUCUCUUCGUAUGUGGGAGAUGAUGUGGGGUGCUGAUUUUGACGAAUCCCUACAAUACAAUUUGGAGGAGAAUUGCUUGGAUUUAUUGGUGAUUCAUGACCCUACGGAUCUUGAAGCUGAUGCAGCAUUAGCAGCUAUAAAUAAUGGUAGCGAUAAUUCAGAAAGUGCUGCACAGUCAAAACACGGCAAGGGAGAGUCUAAUUCUGAGAAUACUGGAGUGAAAUCUUCAUCAACACGUCCCUUCUGUGGCUUGACAAAAAGUUUUUGGUCGAGGAAUGAUCGAGUGCCAAUCUGCAGUCCAGUCUCGUCAACUACAAAAGGGGGUGACAGGUUAUCUGUCUUUUGUGUGGCAGCGAUUCUGAUUAUGAACCGCCAGAAAGUCAUUCGAGAAACCCAUUCAUUUGAUGAUAUGAUAAAGAUUUUCAAUGAUAACAUGCUCAAGAUCAAUGUCAAAAGAUGCAUACGCAUGGCAAUAAAACUUAGGAAGAAAUACUUUUACAAGAUCGUCAAGAGCAAAAGUGCUGCUCGGGAUUUUGACUACUGCCAUGCUUCCUCUCCAACCUCAUAGCAGAAGCGCAGCUAGGUCAUUCAAUUCUUCUGUUUUGCCUGGUUCCGAUGUUCUAGUAUGGUGUUGAUGCGUUGAGUACUGAGAAAAAUAUACUGCAGUUCAGCCACUAGCAUGUUGUUGUUUGAAGACUCAUCCAUUUGUUGUCCUUUUCCACUUGUAACUUCAGCCUCAGUCAUCGACAAGGGUGUUAUCCGAUGACAACGAUACCACAUAAUGUUGGGAGUCUGGCACUCCUGUGCGAUUUGCAGAAUGAUGGCAUUCUUGGAAAGGUAAAAACCUAUUGCAGCAUGUGGAACAUUCAGCUAGAAAGAAGCAGGAGACUAUCGCACUUCAAGUUUUGGUGCCUUGCAUUGUUUUUAUGUUAUGGAAUGUCACUUUUCGGGUGGUGUAAGAUCAUUUAUCGGUACCUACUUGUCAGCAUAUGAUACUGGUGAUUUCAGUCUGAGCACUGCAGAGAGGUUCUAGUAGCAGGGACUAGUUUGUCAAAACAUAAUGGCAUGUCCGGGUUAUUCUAGGGUUAAGCUGACACAGGUAAGUAUUUGAUGUUUAUCAUUUGACUCCAUAGACAAAUGACAUCUUGAACGCAUGGAAACCAGCUGCAAGCUUGCGGUCAAAAUUAGUGAGAGUUGUCGGCAGAGAGCCACCACCAGACCCCUCCAGGACAGGUUCUUGACAGGAUACUAUAUGGAUCUGUCUCUAACUUGAAGAUGCUUUCUGGGUUUAGUAGUUCUCCCUGUUCAGUGGGCUGUUUCUUGAUGUUCUAGGCCAAGUUGUUUAUCUUCGUUGAAAAAUGUUGUCUUCAAUCAUCUGGCAAUCCUGUAUUCCGGAAGAUACAACAGUCUGAUUGGUAAUGCAGAACAACAACGUUACAUAA